AUGGAGGGGCUGAUGGGUCCGGGGUCGAUGCUGGCGCGGCCGCCGAUCUCGCAAUUCAACGUCGGAGCCGUCGCGCUGGGCUACAGCGGGCGCCUGUACCUCGGCGUGAACCUCGAGCUGCCGCAGUCCCCCCUGGCGAACUCGGUCCACGCCGAGCAGUUUGCAAUCAUGCACGCACUGCUGCGAGGCGAAACAGGGCUGCACUCGAUCGCCGUCACAGCGGCCCCAUGCGGCCACUGUCGUCAGUUCCUCUCAGAGCUGGCUUGUGCUGCCCAAGUGCGCCUGAUCUUCGUGGACCACGACGGCUCACGAUCGCCCCCUGGUGGGUACUCGCUGGACGAUCUGCUGCCCCAUCGCUUCGGACCCGUCGACCUGCUCGGCACCGACUUUGACAGCGGCGAAGAUGCGGAGCCGCUGCUCAUGGAACCUCGCGACAACUGCCUCCAGCUGUGCACAAGCAGUGAAGCAGAGCUGUCGUCGCACGACGCAACCGUGCGGGAGGCUGCCGCCGCUGCCUUGUCCGCUGCCAACCAGAGCUAUGCGCCAUAUACGAAGUGUCCUUCCGGGGUCGCGGCGAUCACGGGCGACCAGGUCUUCAGCGGCCCUUAUGUUGAGAGUGCUGCGUUCAACCCCAGCUUGCCGCCACUGCAGUCGUGCCUGGUCGAUGCUGUCAGCAGAGGCCUUGCAAGCUACGAGGAGAUCACGCACGUCGUGCUGGUGGAGACGGCGCGCGGCCUCGUGCAACAGAGUCCGGUCAUAGCCGCAGUGGUCCGCGCGAUCGCCCCCCAGGCGCAGGUCCUGGUCCUCCAUGCCGAACCAGUGGACAGCAUGUAG